ACACAACUCCUCAUGCCACGAUGAAGGCAGCAUCAGCAUCAUCAGCACCAUCAGCAGCAGCAGCACCAUCAGCCUGUAGUUGUGUGAGGCAGCUGGAAACAGAGGGGCGGGGAGGGGGCGCAGCCGGAGCGCACAUUCAUUAACGACCACCGACAAACCGGGAAGCCUGCUCCGGUAGCAUCGCGGCUAUCACACAGACACACACACACACACAAACACAGACACACAGACACACACACAGACGGCCGGGAAAGAUGGUCGCGGUACAAACGUUCCCCAACUCGUCGCCUUUGGCGGAAUGGAUCUGCUGCCUGGAUAAAAGGCCCUCUGAACGCUCUGGAGAGGAUGUGGACAUUAUUCUAACCAGACUGAGAGAAGUCAAAGCCUUCCAGAGGUUUCCACCUCCACUCUUACUGCAGAUCUGUGCCUGUGCCUUCUAUGAGUGCCUGGAGAAAGGCAUCACAUUGUUUCGACAGGGGGACAUUGGCACAAGCUGGUAUGCGGUCCUCUCUGGCUCGCUGGAUGUCAAAGUGUCAGAAACUGCAAAUCACCAGGAUGCAGUCACCAUCUGCACACUGGGGAUUGGGACUGCAUUUGGGGAAUCCAUCCUGGACAACACACCACGCCACGCUACCAUCGUCAGCCGAGAAACCAGUGAGCUGCUCCGCAUCGAGCAGAGGGAGUUCAAGAGCCUCUGGGAGAAGUAUCGUCAGAGCUUGGCGGGACUGUUGGCCCCUCCUUAUGGAGCUAUGGAGAGCGGAUCCAACAACGACAGACUCGUAGACAAAGACAACAUGAACUCAGAAUCUGCAAACAAAGCACACAACAAGGUUCCUUCAGAGAAGCUGCAGAGAGCCGGGAAAGUUCUCCGCAAUGCCAUCUUGUCCAGAGCCCCACACAUGAUUAGAGACAGGAAGUACCACCUGAAGACAUACAGACAAUGCUGUGUAGGCACAGAGCUGGUGGACUGGCUGGUACUGCAGAGUGCCUGUGUGCUCACACGGUCACAUGCUGUUGGGAUGUGGCAGUCACUACUUGAAGAAGGGGGGCUUAACCAUGUGGAUCAGGAGCUGGGCUUCCAAGACAAAUACCUGUUCUAUCGGUUCCUUGAUGAUGAGGAUGAGGACACACCGUUGCCUAGUGAGGAGGAGAAGAGAGAGAGUGAGGAAGAGUUGCCAGAGACCAUCCUCUUUCUUGCUCAGAUUGGCCCUGAUGCACUGCUGCGCAUGAUCCUGAGGAAAUCGCCUGGUCAGAGGACAGGGGAUGACCUAGAGAUCAUCUAUGAUGAACUGCUUCACAUCAAGGCCUUAGCUCACCUCUCCAACACUGUGAAGAGGGAACUGGCGAGCGUUGUGAUCUUUGAGUCGCAUGCAAAAGCUGGAACAGUGUUGUUCAACCAAGGAGAGGAGGGAACAUCAUGGUACAUCAUCCAAAAGGGCUCCGUCAAUGUGGUUAUCUAUGGAAAGGGUGUGGUGUGUACGCUCCACGAGGGGGAUGACUUUGGGAAGUUGGCCCUGGUUACAGACUCACCUCGUGCUGCCUCCAUUGUCCUGAGGGAGGACAACUGCCACUUCCUGCGCGUUGACAAGGAAGACUUCAACAGGAUACUCAGGGAUGUGGAGGCCAACACAGUGCGCUUGAAAGAGCAUGAUCAAGCUGUAUUGGUGUUGGAAAAGAGUCCUCGUGCCUCCACCCUGGGAAGCAUCAAGUACACCGUUAUUUCAGGAACGCCGGAGAAGAUUCUGGAGCACUUCUUGGAGACCAUGAGGAUGGACGUACACCACAGCGAACCAGACCCAGCUGUGGAUGAUUUCGUCCUCAUGCACUGUGUCUUCAUGCCCAACAGCCAGCUGUGCCCUCUACUCAUGGCACACUACCACACGGCUGCUCCACCCGGCUCUGAACAGGAGAGGUUGGAGUAUGCAGUCAACAGUAAAAGACGGGCCCUAAUUCUGGCCCUGCGCUGGGCCAACGCACACACAUACAUGCUACAGGAGGAGCCGGCUGCAAUCUCUUUUCUUGAGGAGUUGUAUGCGAGUGUAUCAAAUGACUCCCGGAUUCUGAGAGCUUUGAAAGACUUGCUUCCUGACCUGGAGAAAGUUGUUAAAUUACACUCGGAAGAAGCCAAAGCCACAAAAAAGAAAACCCUGAUACGACAGUUCAGCAAUGGAGAGGAGAGGCUGCAGAAGAAACAGCCCAUUAGGAAUCAAGAUGACAUCCUGUUGAAGGUGUACUGCUGUGAUCACACAUAUUCCACAAUCCGCGUUGCUGUGGCAGCCACAGGGAAAGAAGUGAGCAGCGCUGUGGCUGACAAACUUGGAACCACUGAUGAGCUCCUAUUGGUCCUCCUCAACUCUGCUGGUGAAAAACAGAUCCAGAAGCCCAACGACGUGUCAGUAUUUUCUACUGUGGGCAUCAAUGGACGAUUAUUUGCCUGUCCCAGAGACCAGCUCAACAGUAUAACUGCUCUCCCAGACCAGGAGGGUCCCACUGCAGGCUCCAUGACAACUUUUGAGCUGAUGAGCUCUAAAGACCUCGCUUACCAAAUGACCUUGUUUGACUGGGAGCUCUUCAGCUGCGUGCAUGAGCAUGAGCUGCUCUAUCACACGUUCGGCCGGCAGAGCUUCAAGAGAACCACGGCCAAUCUGGACCUGUUUCUGCGGAGGUUUAACCAGGUCCAGCUGUGGGUGGUCACUGAAGUCUGCUUGUGUGGACAGCUCAGCAAGCGAGUCCAGCUCCUUAAGAAGUUCAUCAAGAUAGCUGCACAUUGUAGAGAAUUUAAGAACCUGAAUUCCUUCUUUGCCAUCAUUAUGGGAAUGAGCAACCCUGCUGUGAGCAGACUGAGCCAGACGUGGGAGAAGCUCCCCACCAAGUUUAAGAAGUUCUAUGCCGAGUUUGAAAGUAUGAUGGAUCCUUCAAGAAACCACAGAUCUUACCGACUCACUGUCACCAAACUGGAACCGCCAAUCAUCCCCUUCAUGCCCCUCCUUCUUAAAGAUAUGACGUUUACACACGAGGGCAACAAGACCUUCAUUGACAACAUGGUCAAUUUUGAGAAAAUGCGUAUUAUAGCCAACACGAUUAGGCAAGUGAGGCACUGUAGAAGCCAACCAUUCAAUCCAGAGAUAUGCCAACCCAACAAAAACCAAGCCGAAGUCCGGGGCUAUGUUAGGAAGCUCUGUGUGAUCGACAACCAGAGGGCGCUGACCCAGCUCUCCUACAGGGUUGAGCCUCGACGGACAUGAGCUCCAGAUCUUCCACCGCCAUCGCCUUCUUUGUGACGUUAGCAUAAAAAAAACACACACAUUACCUGGAUUUGAUAACCAACACAGCUGGUUGUACAGUAGCAAAUCACAACAGUCAAUGACUCUAGAACUAUCAUGGACUCUUGUGGAUCAAGGACUUAAACUGUGCCAUUAAAAGCCUCUUCUUCUUCUUCUUCCUGGACAGAACUUGUUCAGGUGCUCCCUCGUCGCUGUGUCUCAGCCCCCUCCCCCCAGACUGAGGGUUGUAACCGUACUAGUUGUUACUGUUUGGGACCUGUUAGAUAGAUCUGUAAUGUAUAGAACUUGAAUCAAUAUCCUGCAUGACUGAACUUCAUAGGCUCUGUGUUCUAUACAGUGGAUUUCUAUCGGAGUGUCCUGUGAUGUUGUGGUACCCAAGAUGAGCCCUAGUUUACAGAAUAUAACUGUACCUGCCUGUAAAACAAACCAUGCUCUCAUGAUGAUUAUAAUUCUAGAGAGGAAAAACAUAGUAACAUAGACUUGUCAUUACUUCUUUGAAUUAUACAGAUAAAUAUGAAACGUGAAAGUACUUAUUUACUUCAUAAUCUACAGGAUUAUAUCCAAGGCCUUGAGGAAAUUUAGGAAUUGAAGUCCUUUAGAUGUUCUUUAAAUAGUAAGACACUUCAAAAUGACUUAAACGAGUACUAGAUGAAUUUAAGUCCUGAUGGUAUUGCAAAAUUGUUAUAAAUUUGUCAUAGCAGCAUUGCGUUUUUGUAUUGGAGUACAACUCUUACAGAACGUGAGUAUAUGCUUAGUAUAAUCUGUUCUGAGGUCAGUUUUAUUAUCAAAAUGUACUCCUUUCAUUUGAAAGCACUGAUUUCAGAUGUGGAGUUAUAGCGCAACUUCUACUGUAAGGGGAAAUCUUCUCGUCUCUACAAGUCGUGAUCAGUGUGUGUGAUUUUAUUUUUAUAUCUGUGUGAUGGUGUAGACUUUUGAGUGUGUUCUUGACAAGUGUCACCGAUUUUCAUUUGAUCUCAGGAGCUUUUGAUGUGGCUGUGUGUCGAGAACUGCUGUGAGGCUGGCUUUCCUUAGAGCAGCCUGUAACUGUACUGUAUGUGUGGUCUGCCCUGUAAAUAAUAAAAAAAACAAGCUAAUUUAACAGUG